UCGCUUAGCGGGCGGUGUGAGAGUGACAGUUCUCCAGCAUCCUUCUGGGAUUCAUCAUGUCUGAUCAGCCUGAGAAUAAGCCAACUGAAGAGAAGGCUCAGGAGAAACCCGAGUCUCAGACGGAAGCUCCCGCAGCUAGCGAUGAAGCCGAAUCAACGGAAAAGGCUUCAGAACAGCCACCGAAAGAAAUGAGAGCAGUUGUUCUGACAGGGUUCGGUGGCUUAAAGUCAGUAAAGGUUUUGAAGAAACCAGAGCCAACACUCGGCGAAGGGGAAAUCCUGAUCCGCGUCAAGGCCUGUGGACUGAACUUUCAAGACUUAAUGGUGCGUCAAGGUGCCAUAGACUCCCCUCCAAAGACACCUUUCAUUCUGGGAUUUGAGUGUGCAGGAGACAUUGAGGAAGUGGACCCUGGUGUGGAAGGAUUCAAGGUUGGUGACAGUGUGGUGGCUUUGCCAGAGUACAGAGCAUGGGCAGAGCUUGUGGCUGUACCAGCAAAGUAUGUGUUUCCUCUUCCAAGUAGAAUGACACACCUGGAUGCUGCAGCCAUUGCUAUGAAUUACAUAGUGGCCUACGUACUGUUGUUUGAGUUGGGUGGAUUGGCUCCAGGGAAGAGUGUGCUGGUUCAUUCUGCAGGUGGUGGUGUGGGACAAGCUGUUGCACAGUUGUGCAGAACAGUGGAUGAUGUGACUGUUUUUCGUGUAGCUUCAGAAAGAAAACACGAGGCCCUGAAGUCGACCAUUAAUCACUUAUUAGAGCGUGGAAGUGAUUAUGCAAGCGAAGUCAGAAAGUUGGCGCCUGAGGUUGUGGAUAUUUUCCUAGAUUAUCUUUGUGGUGAAGAAUGCAACAGGGGCAAUUCAUUACUGAAACCAAUGGGAAAAUACAUUCUUUAUGGGUCUUCCAAUGUUGUGACAGGAGAGAUCAAAAGCAUCUUCAGUGUUGCUAGAUCAUGGUGGCAGGUAGACAAAGUAUCACCAAUUAAGCUCUUUGAUGAGAACAAGACCCUCUCUGGGUUCAACAUUCGUCACCUUUUGUAUCAACAAAGCGGAGCACCAUACAUUAAAAAAAUAAUGGAUUCUGUGUUUAAACUGUGGAAGGAUGGAAAAAUUAAGCCUGUAGUGGAUUCAACAUGGGCACUUGAAGAUGUACCAGAAGCUAUGCAAAAGAUGCAUGAUAGGAAGAACAUUGGCAAAAUUGUACUCGAUCCUGGGAUGGAACCUAAGCCUAAACCAGCAACCCCUGCUAACGGAAAGGCCAAAGGUGGACACAAAGAGGAGAAAAAGAAGGGUGAGGAGAAAAAGGAGGAAGAGAAGAAAGAGGAAGAAACUGGUACAAGCAACGAAGGAAGUGGUGGUGACACAGCUGCCAAUGAAGCAAAGGAGAAAGAGGCCUCAAGCUGAACAAUGAAUUUCUGAAAUGAUGCGCUUAAACAUUGACCACAUUGAAAAUUGUGCUGUUAUAUUUUUGUGUAAAAAUAUUAGCGUAGUUAUUUUGACAUCAUAUACAUUACUAAAGAAUGUGACCAUAUUGUGAGUGUAAGUUCGUUUGUGUGCUGAUGUGUGUUUGUCGGAUGUUGCUGAACUUUCUCGAGCUGAAUUAUUUACAUGAAUUCUGUCAGACAUGAGUUUCCAAAUACAUGUACCAUAUCAUGGUGACAGUUUCACACAUUCACAUGUUGAUGGAAUGUUUAUUUUUCAAAGCUACUUUU